UCUACUUCUUCUUUCUUCUUCUUCCUCCUUCUGCUUUCCCAUGUCUGGUCUGCUGACUCUUUGCUAAUUUUAGCUACCUCCAAAUUCCUAUCUCUACAUAAAUUAUCUUCCGCCAUCCUUCCUCUUUCUUUCUUUCUCCACCCCAAAUUGCUCCACCAUCACCACCAUCACCACCGCCAUCACCUCCGCCGCCGUGGACUGUUGCCCUCUUCUUCGUUCCCCCGCCCUGCCCCGGCGCGUCGCCUCUCCCUGCAGCGACACCAUUGUGGCACGCCUUAGUAUUAUUCUCUUCUCAUGGAGGAUGUAAAAGUGGCUCAAGUUACACCUCCUGCGCCUGCAGAAUCAUCACCGUCGUCUCAGAAUAAUGGACAUUCUAGUGGAGAAGCAUCAUUGGGCUCUCUUGCUAAUGGGAAAUCAGAAAACAGUAGCGAGAAGCCUGGAGAAUCAGGUGUACAAGAUGUCCCACAAACCCAGGUUGAUGCUCAAGAUCCACUUCUUGAAGCUCCAAACUUGGGAGUCAAUCAAGCACCCAAAUCAACGUCAAGUUCAUUGAUGGAUGAAUUGGGUACUAGGUCUCCAUCUGAUGUAGUUGGAAGUUCCUCCAAUGGUCCCGAUACUCGAUUGGAUAAUGAAGCCAACCGGAAUCCUUCAAAUGUUUCUGAACCAACUGGGGAUUCCUCUCUAGCCCCGAAAGAUGCAGAUACAACUAGUUCCUCUCAGCAUCCCCUUAUUCAGAUGGAUGAUUCUACUUCACAGGGAGUUCCUACUUCUACCGUUCGUCAGAAUUCUGAAGUUUCUGCUCCAGCCAUUGGUGGUCCUCUUGUUCAAGUAGAUGAGAUUUUUCCAGUCCAAAGUUCCUCAGAUGCCCAGAAAGCUGGUAAUCCUGAUUCAGCCGGUGAACCGCUUCUGAUGGAUGACAUUGUACAACCCCCUUCUGCCCGCAAGGCACUGAUAGAUUCUCAGGAAAAUAAGGAGGUGGAGCAGAAUGCUUCUGCUGAUCAGGCAUCUGACACUGCUUUAGUGGGCAGUCAAGUAGAUGAUAGUACUGUCCCAGAUCCUACUUCCUCUCCCGUGCCUAAGGUGCAACAAUCCAAUAACUUUGCUCUGCCUCAGGUAAAGACCAGUCUGAACUCUGGUUCUGGUCUACCUGAUUCACCGCUAGUCAGGAUGAUAAAUCCAGCCUCCAGGACACCUAAGUCCAGCGAUUCUGGUAAACCCUCCAAGCAGGUGGACUUGAAUAGGGGCCUCAUUGACACAAGAGCACCUUUUGAAUCUGUUAAACAAGCUGUUUCGAAGUUUGGGGGAAUAGUUGAUUGGAAAGCACAUAGAAUGCAGACUGUAGAGAGACGCAAGCUUGUAGAGCAAGAACUAGAUAAGUUGCAGGACGAAAUGCCCGAGUACAGGAAGAUGUCAGAAGCUGCAGAUGAGGCCAAAAUAAAAGUUAUCAAAGAACUCGAUAGUGCAAAGAGACUGAUCGAGGAGCUCAAGCUCAACCUCGAGAGGGCACAAACCGAAGAGCAUCAAGCAAAACAAGAUUCCGAACUCGCCAAGCUUCGAGUUGAAGAGUUGGAACAAGGAAUUGCUGAUGAGGCCAGCGUUGCAGCCAAGGCACAGCUCGAGGUUGCUAAAUCGAGACAUGCAGCAGCAGUUUCAGAACUGAAGUCUGUCAAUGAGGAGUUGGAAGCUUUACGUAAAGAAUAUGCUUCUCUGCUUAGUGAGAAAGAUGAUGCCAUAAAGAAAGCUGAAGAGGCUGUGUCUGCAUCCAAGGAAGUUGAGAAGACAGUUGAGGAGCUGACGAUUGAGUUAAUAGCAACGAAGGAAUCUCUGGAAUCUGCACAUGCUGCCCAUAUGGAGGCAGAAGAGCAUAGAAUAGGAGCAGCCAUGGCAAAGGAGCAGGAUGCUCUUUACUGGGAGAAGGAGCUGAAACAGGCAGAGGAAGAGCUCCAGAGGCUUAACCAACAGAUUCUUUCAGCUAAAGAUCUCAAAUCAAAGCUCGACGCUGCUUCUGCUUUGCUGGUCGAUCUGAAGGCUGAAUUGGCAGCUUACAUGGAGUCAAAGUUAAAAGAUGAAAAUACCGAAGAAGGAAGUACUACACAUGAGGGGCCAGAGAAGAGAAAUCACACAGAUAUUCAAGCAGCAGUGGCUUCAGCGAAGAAGGAACUCGAAGAAGUGAAGCUCAACAUCGAGAAGGCAAAUGCUGAAGUGAAUUGCUUAAAGGUGGCUGCUGCCUCGUUGCAAUUGGAACUUGAGAAGGAAAAAUCGUCCCUCACCACGAUCGGGCAAAGAGAAGGAAUGGCAUCAGUUGCAGUCGCUUCUCUUGAAGCAGAGAUGGACAAGACUAGGACGGAGAUUGCGGUGGUUCAAUCCAAGGAGAGAGAAGCACGAGAGAAAAUGGUGGAAAUGCCUAAGCAACUGCAGCAAGCUGCACACGCAGCUGAUGAGGCAAAAUUACUCGCUCAGCUGGCUCGCGAGGAUCUUCGUAAGGCAAAAGAAGAGGCUGAACAAGCCAAAGCUGGGGCAGGUACAAUGGAGAGCAGAUUGCUUGCAGCUCAAAGGGAGAUUGAAGCUGCAAGGGCUUCUGAAAAGCUAGCAUUGGAUGCUAUAAGAGCGUUGCAAGAGAGCGAAGCAGCAGCACAAACUGGGAACGAUGCUGAUUCCACGAAUGGGGUAACACUUUCUCUUGAGGAGUACUAUGAGCUCAGCAAAGAAGCUCAUGAAGCAGAAGAGCAAGCUAAUGAAAGGGUGGCAACAGCUAUUGCACAGAUCGAGUUAGCCAAGGAUUCCGAGUCAAAGACUGCAAAGAAGCUGGAAGAGGUGAACCAAGAGCUGGCUGCUAGAAAGGAAUCUCUGAAAGUUGCGAUGGAUAAAGCCGAGAAGGCUAAAGAAGGGAAGUUGGGUGCUGAGCAGGAACUGAGGAAAUGGAGGUCUGACCACGAGCAAAGACGAAAGGCUGGUGAAUCUGCGGCUGCUCCUGGGGUCCCAAACAGUAAUAAAAGCCCAAGAGGGAGCUUCGAAGGGGGCAAAGAAGCAAAGCUUGCUGCUGAGUUCUCACAAGACGGCUCAGCAACCCAAUUACCAAUGAGCCCCAAGGUGUAUUCACAGGGAAGUAGUAACACUGAUUCUGAACCCUCCCCAGAUGUUAAAGCAACUAAGAAAAAGAAGAGAUCAAUGUUCCCUCGUUUCCUGAUGUUCCUGGCUAGGAGAAAGUCGAGUUCCUCCAAGACGCAGACGGGUUGAUUUUUGGUCCAUGGGAACCGGAAUAUGCUUGCCUGCCCCCAUUGCUGUCUGUUGUGAUAUCAAAUGCAUAUAGUCAUUCGUCUCUGGUUCUUUUACUUCGACUACUUAUAGUUGUGGAGAUCACACAGGUAAAAAGUUUUCUUACUCUUUUGAAUGUAAAUGUGAAAUGUUUACUCGUGUAUGAUUAUAUACUUGGAUUAUAUACUUGAAGCAGAAUGAAAGAGAAGGGGGAGGGAUUGUAUUGUUGAGUUUGGCUGCUGGCUUUGGAGGAAGAUAAUAAUAAAGCAGCUGUAGUAGUCCUUUGAUUUGAUGAGGAACCAUAAUAAUAUUGUGGGUUCUCAGUGCGUUGUAUAGGGAUGAAUUGAGGGAACAAAUCUUUUGUAAAGUUUGUGAGGAAUUUGAUGCAAUGUGAAAGAGUAUGGAUCUUUUUAUUUUUACCUCCACUUCUGCUGGUAUAAGCUUACAGGCAUACUGAAUGCAUUUGUGUCGAAAGGCUGGGUUUCGAUUUACAAUCUGUUUCAUGUUGGAUUCAAAAACAACGUAGCGUCUCGAUUUCCCAAUAAG